AUGAUAAGAUUUAAAGAGGCUUUCCAUUAUAAUGCACAUGUUUCAUGUAAAAAAUAUUUCACGAAUAACAAUUAUUUUUUUAAAAGGAGUAUUGCUAGUGAUACUUAUGAUAGAAAUGAAGUUGAAUUAUUUUAUAAAAAAAAUUAUGAAGAUGAAUAUAAGCAUAUCAAUUCUAAUGAUUGUAAUUUUCGAUGUAUUUUACCUCCACCAAAUGUUACUGGAAAACUUCAUCUUGGACAUGCUCUUACAGUUACAAUUCAAGAUGUUUUAAAUAGAUUUGCUAAAUUACAAGGAAAUAAUAUUAUUUGGUAUCCAGGAUUUGAUCAUGCUGGUAUUGCUACACAAACUGUUAUUGAAAGAAAUCUUUGGAAAGAAAAACAACAAUUAGCUUCAAAUUUAACAAAAGAAGAACUUUUAAAUUAUUGUGAAAAUUGGAAAAAUCAAAGAGUAACCGAUAUAGAAAAACAAAUAAAAAAAAUGGCUCCUAUUAUCAAUUGGAAUUAUUCUUACUACACAAUGGAUAAUAAUUUUUCUCAUUCUGUUAAUUCAGCUUUUAUUGAUUUAUACAAUAAAAAUUUCAUUUACCGUGACAAAAGAAUUGUCAAUUGGUGUUCUUCAUUGCAAAGUGUUAUCUCUGAUCAAGAAGUGAUAAAAGUAUCAGUCAACGGUGGUGAUUUAUUAACAAUACCAGAUUUACAUGGUGGUAAUAGAAAUGUUAAAUUUGGAAGAUUAUUUAUAAUAAAGUAUAAAUUAAUUGAUAGUAAUGAAUAUGUAGAAGUUGAAACUAGUAGACCUGAAACUAUAUUUGCUGAUGUUGCUGUUGCUGUAAAUCCUAAUGAUAGUAGAUAUACACAUUUAUUAGGUAAAUAUCUUUAUAAUCCAUUAAUUAGUGAUAAAAAAUUAAAAAUUGUUCCUAGUGAAAAAGUUGACAUUAAUUUUGGUACUGGAAUGUUAAAAUUGACACCUAAUCAUAGUAGAGUUGAUUAUGAUAUUGUAUGUAAUCUUGUUAACAAUGAAAUAUUAGAUAAAGAAUUACUAAAAUCAUAUUGUAUUGAUAAAAAUGGAUGUAUUUUUGCUCCUGAUACUCAAUGGAAUGGAAUGGAUAAAUUUGAGGCAAGAGAAAAAAUUAUAAAUUAUUUAACUUCAAAUGGAAUUUUAAAAGAAAAAACUAAUAAUAAUUAUAAAACAGAAAUUCCUAUUUGUGAAAGAAGUGGUAAUGUAAUUGAACCAAUAUUAAAAUCUCAAUGGUUUAUGAAAACAAAUGAUUUAAAUAAUGAUAUCAAAGAUUUUAUAUUAAAAGGAAAAAUACAAAUUUUACCUGAAUUUCAUACUACUAAUUUAAUAAAUUGGUUAUCUAAUAAUGAACCAUGGUGUCUAAGUAGACAAAUAACAUGGGGUCAUCAAAUACCAGCAUUUAAAAAAAUAAAUAAAAAUGAAUGGAUAGUUGGACAUCCCAAUGAUAAAAAUAUUGAAUCUUCUAUUAAUAAUUUAGUAAGAGAUACAGAUGUUUUGGAUACAUGGUUUAGUUCUUCUAUUAUUCCUAUUGUUAUAGAUGGUUGGCCAAGUAAUAAAAAACCCCAACAAUUAAAUUAUAUUGAAACAGGGUAUGAUAUUCUUGGAUUUUGGAUCGCUAGAAUGUUAAUUGUUUGUUAUGGUAUUACAGAAACACUUCCUUUUAACAAAAUAUUACUUCAUGGUCUUAUUCGUGAUUCAUCAGGAAGAAAGAUGAGUAAAAGUUUAGGAAAUGUUAUUGAUCCAUUAGAUGUUAUUGAUGGUAUAACUCUUCAAAGUAUGAUAAAACGUAUUCAUGAAAGUUCACUAAGCGAAAAUGAAAUGAAAAUUGCUGAAGAUGAUUUAUCAAAAAAAUAUCCUAACGGUGUUGAUGGAAUGGGUGCAGAUGUCUUAAGAUAUACACUUCUACGUCAUAAUGUUACUGCAUUAGAUAUUAAUGUUAAUCUUCUUGAUUUAGCUUUUGAAGGACAUCGUUUUUGUAAUAAGUUAUGGCAAAUGACUAAUUAUGCAAAAAAAUUAUUUUCAAUUCAAAAACCAGAAACAUUAGAAUUAACAAAUUUAUCACAACAUCCAAUAGAUCAAUGGAUAAGAAGUCGCUUCAGGAAAUGUAUAGAUGAAAUUGAAAAAAAUUUAAAUAAUAAUUUUCAACCACAUAUUGCUUUUAAUCAUAUCUGUUCAUUUUUUUUGGAUGAUGUUUGUGAUACAUAUAUAGAAUCAACAAAAUAUUCUGUUAAAAAUAAUAAUGAGAAUAGAAUUAAACAAAUUGUUUCAACGUUUUAUGUUACUUUAAAUGUAGCAUUUAAAAUGUUAUCAAUAUUUAUGCCUCAGAUAUCUCAUUUAUUACAUAAAAAAAUUAUAGAUAAUUGUCAAGAUAUAUAUCAAGAUAAAAAGUUUGAAGAAUAUAAAUCUUUAUUUAAUUCAAAUGUUACACUUGAAAAAAUUGUUUAUAAUAUGUUUUCAAUAGUUUCAAUUGUUAGACGUGUACGAACUAAUUAUGGAAUUAAAGAAAAAACAGAAAUUUUAAAUGGUUUUGUAAUUAUUAAUAAUUCUCAUCAUAUAAAUGAUGAAUUGAAAACAAUAUUCCAGAUUCCAAAAGAACUAUAUGACGCAUCAUUAGAUGAAUAUGUACGUUAUGAGCUUCCUGAUAAUAAUAUGACACUAUAUAUUAAACUUUCUCCACAAUACUUAAAAAUGGCGAUAGAUAAAUUCAUGGUAGAAAUAGCAAGUUUAUCUAAAAAGAAAAACAAAUAUGAAAAAAUUAUAAGUACUGUACAGGGCAAUUUAAAUAAUUCUAACUAUAAAGCAAAUGAAUCUAGAAGACAAAAAAUGGAGGAACGUGCUAAUGCUGCAAAUAUAAAAAUCAAAAGCAUUGACAAUAAAAUAAAUGAAAUUGAAAAAAGUAUCUUAGAAAUAAAAAGAAAAAUUUAUGCUAUAAAAAUACUUUAUUUACAAUUUGUUGUACUAUUAGUCUAUAAUAUGGAGAACUACUUUAAUUCAAAAGAGAUUUCUUUUGGUAAAUUUUCAGAAGAUAUUCAAAACGAAGAAUAUAGUAACAUUGAGGGCAAUAAUUUUGUGUCAUAUGAAAAUGCAAUUAAUAUUGAUUCUUGCAUGAUAAGUGAUGACGAAGGAAUCAACGAUAUCAUUCGUUACUGUGAAGGUGAUGACAAUCUUAACAGUGACUUUGAUGAAAUCCUUAAGUCAGACAUUAAAAAAGAAGUACCUGUACCAAGUAAUGCUAAUUUAAUGGCUAAUGGUUUUGAUAAUAGCUUAGACAGUAUGAAUAGUCUUUGCGAUAAUUAUAUUUUUAAUGGAAAUUCUUUUGAUGCAAAUGUUAGUCAAUUUUCUGAAUAUCCUGAGAUUAAUAACUCUCCUCAUUUAACAAGAACAGUAUCACCUGUUUUAAAAAUUGAAGAUGGAAGAGAAGAAUCUACCACACCAAAACCUGGUCCAAUGAGGCCAAGAAGAAAUACAACAAAAAGAAAAAACCAAUAUCCAGAUUAUAUAUAUGAUGAUGGUGAAAGUUUUUCAUCUAAAUCUUUUUCACCAACAAAAAGAACAAGAGUUGCUGUUUUAAAUACUCCUUCAACAAGAUCAUAUGUUCCAGUACCUCAGGAAGAGAGGGAUGAUGCUUGGUUAGAAAAAAGAAAGAGAAAUAAUGAGGCUGUUGUUAAGUCAAGAAAUAAGAAAAAAGAAAAGUUAGAAGCAGAACAUAGAGAGCUUGAGGAACUAAGAAUUAAAACAAAAGAAGAUGCUCAAAAAAUUACAGCUCUUGAAGAUGAACUUAAUCAAUGUAAAUUAGAAAUUAAUGAAAUGAAAAAAGAAAUUGUUAAAUUAAAUCAUGAAAAUGCUAAUCUUAAGGCUCAAAUUUCACACUGUGAAGUUUUUUCUAAAGUAAAUGGUCCAAGAUUUGUUAUGACUACUCAACGUCCAUCUCCUCAAGUCAGGGGACGUAUGGAACUUUAUCCACCAUCUCAACACGAUCAUUCUUUUCGUCGGGGUUGA